UCACCACGAAUCCUAUUUCUCUCUCUCUCUCUCUCUCUCUCCGACUUAGCUGAUACAUACAGAGAGCUAUAAUAUUUAUUAUAUUGCAGUGAUAGUGAAAAGGGGUUUAAUCUUUGACCAAAUCAUGGUCUGGGGAUGUUGUAAUGUGGAGAAAAUGAUGGUGUUGGUAUUGAUACUGUUAUUAUGCAAUUUGGUUUGGACGAUUGGAGGAGUGAAUAUUAAUCCAGGUGCAGUGGUUGUGAAACAGAAGGUGGGAGAGUUCUCCAAAGUGGAAGAUGCCUCUAAUUUUCAUAUUUACUAUAGCCAAACCUUCAAAGUCAUCAAAAAUGUUGUAGACGGCAAGAGCUACCUUCUUGUUCAGAGUAAUUCGAGGAUGGCGUCGAGAACAAAGUAUUGCACUCCAAGGAUCAAAUCUUUCGUCAUCCCAUUAUCAAAUUAUUCAGUCGACCCCAAUGACUUUCCUGUCUCCUUUUUUGAGUUACUGGGAGUAAUAGAGAGGCUUAAGGGAAUUACUAGUGGGGAGGUGGCAUCAGAAUGCAUAAGAAAAUAUUACGAAAGAGGAGGAAUUCAAAUGAUAAACACAAGUGAUGCUGAUGCCCUACAACUUGCACAAUUCGGAGCCCAUUUCAUUGCUGUCACUGAUCAAUCACAAGCCUGUAAUUUUGCUGCUUGUGUUCCUUCCGGAGAGAACACCCCUUUGCAGAGAGCGGAGUGGAUCAAGUUCUUGGGAAGUUUUGCAAACGUUGAAGAAAGAGCCAAUCAAGUGUACUCCACAGUUAAACAAAAUUACCUAUGCCUAUCUAAUGUAUCUUCAAGCAAGAAAUCAUCAUUUAAACCAAUCGUGGCCUGGAUGGAGUAUAACAAUGGAUUAUGGUCAUUUGCUAAAGAAACAUUUAAGUUAAAGUAUGUUGAAGACGCAGGAGGAGAGAACAUUGAUGACUCUAUCAACAAAAUCAACUACAACAUCUCCAAUUAUGAUGAUUUGGAACAAUUGCAUGCCAUCCUAUGCACUGUGGAUGUGGUUAUUGACGAAACAAUAGCUUCAGAUCCAGUUUUCUACAAAUUGUCAACCUUCCUCCAAAACACAAAUGUUGAAGAUCAUUCUUGUUUCUCUUUCCUAACCAACGAAAGCUUAUGGAGAUAUGAUAAAAGAAUUAUUAACUCAAACACUCUUGAUUGGUACAAUGGAGCAAUUUCUCAGCCACAACUGGUGUUAGGAGAUCUCAUUGAGGCAUUAUUUCCUACUGGAAAUUACACCACCACUUAUUUUAGAAAUAUUGCAAAGGGUGAAACAGUGGUGACCAUUGGUCCUGAAAAAUGUGAUAGGAAUGUUUCCACCGCUAUGGAGCCUACAAUACUACCAUGUGUAUCUUAAUUAGGCUUCUAAUAGUAAUUCUAAUAUACUCAUGCUAAAAAGUUAUAUACAAUAUUAUGUUACUAAUUUCAACUACACAAUUUGAAAUAAUAUAAUUUCAUUUAGUUAUAAUUGAUAACACUAUUGUUAUAAAAUUUGGAUGUAAUUUACAAGUAUCUAAAAUUACAUUAUUUCUUAAUA